CUUCUUUCCUCUUUCUUCUUUCUGUUUUCUGGUCGCUCGUUACCACCAAGACCUCGUCGAGGUUUCUCUCUCUCUGAAAAAGUGCUUUUGCUGCGUUUCCAUGCUCUCGGAAGGAACUUGGCUGAAUCGUUGGAGAAUUAUCGAUCUGGCGUCGUUGGUGCAUCUCUAGCUGCGCCAAUUCAUCGGAUCCGGUUUGAUUUCUCCCUUUCGCGAAUCUAGCCUUCCGUGAUCUUAGGUGGGUUUUCCGAAUUGAUCUGUAAUUGAGGAUGUAAAUCGAAACUAGGGAUUUCCUAGAUCUCGUUAGCUGUGUAUUUGAUUAUUGCAGCAGAGUUUUUGUUUAGGUAGAGAUAUAGGGAAUUUUGAUAUAGGGACACUUAAAUUUUGGUGUAUCAAUUUGCUGCAGCAGCCAUGUUCUAUGGCACAGCUGUAUGGGACCCUUGGCUUAUCGUUGGCCAGAUUAUUUGCCUCCAAUGCUCUUACUAUCUCACUCUUGGACUCUUCACCAUGGUCUUUCUUGGCCUUCGUGUUCCUCGCCUUAGUCUUGUCUACUUCUUCGAUUACGCUACUCUCACUACUUCCACCUUCACCGGUUGGUCUGUUAUUGCCUCAUUCCUCUUCUCUUCACUCGCUGGGGCUGUGUACAUGAUAUUUUUGGUGGAGCGAGCACGGAAAUGCUUAGAUUUCUCUGCAACUCUCUACAUCAUACAUCUCUUCUUUUGCAUCAUGUAUGGAGGAUGGCCUUCCUCUAUGGCGUGGUGGGUUGUUAAUGGAACCGGACUCGCUGUUAUGGCUUUGCUAGCUGAGUACUUGUGCAUUAAACGCGAACAGCGAGAGAUCCCUAUGGAUCGCUUCCACUCAAGGGUUUGAAGAUUGGUGAAAGAACAAGUGAUGAAGAUUCUUGUGGGUUAGCAGCGCGACUCGUAGAGCCUAGUAGAGCCUAGUACUCUUAACAAUUGUGAUGUACAGAGAUGAAAUCAGAGGAGUAGAAUGGGCGAAAGGAAGUUCAGCUAGCCAAGCAACAAUGUUGGACACUGGUGCACCAACUCUGACUGCAAUUUUUAGUGACUUCAAAUACUAAGACUUUGGAAUACGUUUCAAUUUGUUCUUUUGUAUGAAAAAAACAUUAGACUCGAAUAGGUUAUUGAUUUCAUGUUGCUUCUUUUUUUUGUUUAUACUGGAUUUUCUCUUCUAUCCUCUACUUGGUGCAGCUUUGUGUGUUUUAAAACCAGUGUCUCAUUCAUCAUACUCUUUUACCACCAAUUGAAUCCUUCCAA